AGCAAACUUUAACACAGUUAAUUGUACUGUCUCAACAGCUAUUCUUUGGUCUCAUUUAGUGUUGCUUUUAAUUUCUAUUUAAAAUACGAAGCUGUGUGAAAGAUGGCAGAUUUAAAGAAAAAAGUGAUUCUAGCAUAUAGUGGUGGUCUAGAUACCUCUUGCAUAUUGUUUUGGUUGAGAGAAAAAGGAUUUCAAGUUAUUGCUUACAUGGCGAACAUUGGGCAAGACGAAGAUUUUGACGCAGUUAGAGACAAAGCACUCAAAAUUGGUGCUAUUAAGGUUGUAGUAGAUGAUCUUAAAGAAGAAUUUGUAACUUCUUAUGUAUGGCCUGCCGUGGCUUGCGGCUUGCUUUAUGAGGGAAGAUACCUUCUAGGCACUUCCAUAGCACGGCCAUGUAUUAGCCAGGGUUUGAUCAAACUCGCGAUAGCCGAAAAUGCCAAUAUCAUAGCACAUGGAGCCACUGGGAAAGGAAAUGAUCAAGUUCGCUUCGAAUUGAGCUGCUACAGUCUUUGUCCUGAUAUCACGAUUUUAGCUCCAUGGAGGGAACGAGAGUUUUACACGAGAUUUCAAGGAAGAUCAGACUUAUUGGAGUACGCGCGACAAAAUGGAAUACCGAUCUCAGCAACGCCGAAGGAACCAUGGAGCACUGAUGCUAAUCUUGUGCACAUAAGUUAUGAAUCAGGGAUAUUGGAAAAUCCUGCUACUCCAGCACCGAAAGGGCUUUACAAAAUGACCAUUGAUCCGAUAAAUUCUUUGGAUGCAGAAGAGAUUGAAAUUAGUUUUGCAAAAGGAUAUCCAAUCAAAGUGAAAAGUUUAAAAGAUAAAAAAAUAUACGAUACUCCUCUAGCGAUAGUAGAGUUUCUUAAUAAGAUCGGAGGUGCGCAUGGUAUUGGGAGGAUAGACAUCGUGGAAAAUCGAUACAUUGGAUUAAAGUCUCGAGGAAUUUACGAGUCACCGGGCGCUAAAAUUUUGCACAUUGCGCAUCAAGACUUGGAAGUGUUUACCUUGGACCGUGAAGUUCUAAGAAUUAAAUCGUAUUUAGCGGAUAAGAUGUCGGAUUACGUUUAUAAUGGUUUUUGGUUUUCGCCUGAAUGCGAAUUUGUACGAGAAAGCAUCCAACAUUCUCAAAAGUACGUAAAUGGUAUGGUGAGACUACAAUUGUACAAAGGAAAUGUCAUGGCAAUCGGUAGAUCGAGCGAAGUCUCAUUGUACAACGAAAAUUUAGUCUCGAUGGACGUGCAAGGUGAUUUCGAGCCCGCGGAUGCUACCGGAUUUAUUCGCAUGCAAGCACUAAGAUUGCGGGAGUUUCAUCGUUUCAAUAAACAACACAAUAUCUGACAGCAUCAAGAAUUUAUUGCAAGUUUUAUAUGUUUCUCAAUAAAAGGCGCACUGUAAUCUCUCUAA